AUGCGCCUUCGUCCAACUUGUGUGCCAUUGAUGGAAAUGGUGCUGUUCUUUACUCUUGUCAAUGCCGCGGCACCCGUAGUCAAUGUAUCAUACAGCAAAUACAGGGGCAAUGAACCUGGAAACGAUGUUACUCACUGUUUCGGAAUGCGUUACGCUGAACCUCCUCUGGGUGAUCUCAGAUUCAUGCCUCCUCAAGACCCAGUCAGGAGUCGUCAGACAAAGAACGCAAACAAGUUCAGGCUCAAAUGCUUUUCCCAGAGCGCAAAAGCUCGAUUCAUUGGAAAGUCACAGUCUGAAGAUUGCCUGUUCCUCAAUGUGUUUGCGCCGUCAAACGCGUCCAGGCACGCCAAGCUCCCCGUCUUCGUCUACAUGCAAGGCGGAGGCUUCAACGAUAACUCUAGACCCAAGAUAGACGGAGCUGAUCUGAUCAGAACUUCGGAUAUGAAAAUUGUCGUCGUCACUCUGAAUUAUCGUGUAUCAGUUCUAGGCUUUUUCUCAUAUGGCGAUAAGGUGCAACCAAACAAUGGCCUCCUCGACCAAAGAAAGGCCCUGGAGUGGUAUCAAGCAGAAAGUUUCAUCGAAAAUGUCGGUUGCUCCUCCGAAGAUGCCAUUGCUUGCAUGCCAACCAAGACUAUCGCCGAAAUCAUAGCCGCUAAUAUCAAGGUCCCAUACCCUGGAGGCACACGACUAUCAAUCGGGAUGUGGGGUCCUGUUAUUGAUGGAGAUUUCGUAAGAGAUGCUCUCUGGAACUCGUUCGACCAAGGGAAGUUCGCCAUGGUCCCUUCUAUCAUCGGUGCCACAACCAACGAGGGAAGAGCAUUUGCACCAGCUGCAUCCUCAAAAGUAGAAGUCGAGGAUUUUUUCAAGGCCAGGUUUCCGCUUCUUGAAUCAACUCAUAUGGCUCAGAUCACAGCCUUAUACCUCGGUUUGGCAGAUACAUGUUCGAAAGCUGGCUGUCUCAAACGACCCCUAAGCGAUGCAUACGGAUACAUGAGGUUUCAAUGCUCAGGCAUCUCGUUCUCAGAAUCAAUCUCCCGCUGGAAGCCAAAGAAAACCUGGAACUACUGA